AUGUCUAACAAGGUAAUGAAUCCAGAAAUAUUAAAUGAAGAUCCAAGUACACAAGGAGAUGGAGAUAUUAGUAUAGGAAUAAGUGAAUCGGCAGAUGUUGAUAUUAACAAUUGUGAUACUGACACUGAUAUUACCAGCAAUAUGUCUACUAAUAGCAACAACAGUCACAUUUCUGAAGUAUCUGCAGCAUGGAAAUUAAGUUCAGUUCCUCAGCCAUCUCGGUAUUCUCAGCCACUUGUUUCAGAAUCAUUUGAUGCCAUAAACUCGUAUUCAGGAGGUGAAAAAUCGCAACGAAUAACUAGUGCAAUAAUUUUUAUGAUCGUAAAAGAUAAUAUGCCUCUAAACAGCACAGACAAAGAAGGAUUCAAACAUUUAAUGAAAACCAUUGCACCAUUGUACAAAAUACCAGGGCGAAACUCUAUUACUAAAUUGAUCGAUACUAAAUAUGAGGUGCUGUCUUUGUUAAUAAAAAAUAAAUUAAGUGAAGUUGAGAAUAUUACAUUAACGACAGAUGUAUGGACAGAAAUAUUAAAUACAGUAGGCUUUUUAGGAGUUACUGCUCAUUUUUACUUUGACAAUAAAUUAAAUAGCAUAGCAAUUGGUGUUUAUGAGUUAUCUGAAAAUCAUACGGGGGACUAUUUAGGAAAUUGUUUAAGAACAGUGUGUGAGGAAUGGAACAUUCCACUUGAGAAGAUAACUGCUGUCGUUACAGAUAAUGGAAGUAAUAUUGUUAAAGCCGUCUCAAAUGUUUUUGGAAAAAACAAACAUUUGCCAUGUUUUGCCCAUACCCUAGACCUAGUUGCUUCUAAAAUUGUUUAUGAAACUGAAGAGGUAAGGGAUAUAGUCAGUAAAAUUAAGAGUAUUGUAACACACUUUAAGCAAAGUGUUAUUGAUGCUGAUAAAUUAAGAAAAGCUCAAGGAAAAGACUUUUUGAAAUUAAUCCAGUCGGUACCUACUAGAUGGAAUUCUGUCUAUUAUAUGUUAGAGAGGUUCCUAAAACUGUCAACAUAUAUUGCACCAAUUUUAUUAGAGAACAGUAAAGGCCCAUCUAUGAUACAGGGAAUGGAAAUAGAAAUUGUAAGGGAAGUUCUUCAAAUACUUAAACCUAUAGAACAGGUGUCAAAGGAGAUCUGUGGCGAACAAUAUUUAACCGGGAGCAAAAUCAUUCCUAUAAUAAAUUGUCUUUUUAAGACAAUGCAACAUUUGGAUACAUCAACAGAGGAGGCAAAAAAACUACUUACUUGCGCAAUUAAAGAACUGAAACACCGUUUUGGGGUAAUAGAACAAGUUAGACUACUUGCCAUUGCAACACUGCUUGAUCCUCGGUUUAAAAAGUUGCAUUUUAAUGAUUUUGUAGCUUGUUCUCAGGCAGUAAAAUGUAUUAGUAAUAUAUGCAAAGAAUAUGAUAUACCCAAAAAAUCAGUACCUGCUGUUGAAACUACAGAAAAAAUACAUAAAUCCGACAGUGUUUGGGCAUAUCAUGUAGAAUUAGCAAAAAAUUCCAUAGACAUUGACAUUCAAGCUGAAAAAGAUGAAGGAACAUAUUGCGAUCUUAAAACAUAUUUCAAGCAGCCAAUAGAACCUUUACUAACAACUGAUGUUUUCUUAUUUUGGAAAAGUGUGAUG